AUGAGACUUUCUACACCUCUGAAGUCGUAAUCCCAACAUCAUAAAGGUGGCAAAUUUAACAACUAAAUUCAACAUCGUAGCACAUAAGAAUAAGAUUUAUUUGUAAAAUAUAACAAACUCCUUAAACAACAUGCUCAAUCUAUCACUUAGAGAUCUUAGGUAAUUUAGGCGAGUCAAUAUUUACUUAAAGGAGGAUUUGGCAACAAUACUAAAAGGAUAAGGAACACCUUAAAUGUAAUUUCUGAUAUUUGCAAUGCCUAACAAUAGAAGUCUGCCUAAAGAAAUAAAAGUUAAGGCAAUAGUUCGAAAACAGCAGGUGCAAAUUCUCAAAACCCUGCGAUCUCAAACAAUAAAUCAGGUCCUCAUAAAAUUAUAUCGGAAACUUUGAAAACAAACGAAGCCAUCUAGAGAUUACUCAAACUUAAAUGA